AUGGGCGCUGGUGGCCCCCAGCGGGGUGUGGGUCCCCCAGAUGGUGGCUGGGGCUGGGUGGUGCUGGGCGCCUGCUUCGUGGUCACCGGCUUCGCCUACGGCUUUCCCAAGGCCGUCAGCGUCUUCUACCGCGCGCUCAUGCGCGACUUCGGUGCUGGAUACAGUGACACGGCCUGGGUGUCCUCCAUCAUGCUGGCCAUGCUCUAUGGCACGGGCCCCGUGUCCAGCAUCCUUGUGACACGCUUUGGCUGUCGCCCGGUGAUGCUGGCGGGCGGGCUACUGGCUUCGGCGGGCAUGAUCCUAGCUUCCUUCGCCACGCGGCUCCUGGAGCUGUACCUGACGGCUGGGGUGCUCACAGGCCUCGGCCUGGCCCUCAACUUCCAGCCGUCGCUCAUCAUGCUGGGACUGUACUUCGAGCGGCGGCGGCCUCUGGCCAACGGGCUGGCGGCGGCGGGCAGCCCCGUGUUCCUGUCCGCGCUGUCGCCGCUCGCUCAGGUGCUACUGGAGCGCUAUGGCUGGCGCGGCGGCUUCCUGCUGUUCGGCGGCCUCCUGCUGCACUGCUGCGCGUGCGGAGCCGUCAUGCGGCCACCGCCCUGUGCGCGCGGGCGGCGCGCACCGCCACGCGAGGACAGCGCAGAGGACAGCGCGGGGGACGCUCCCGGGGAGGCGGAGGCGGAGGCGGGCGGUGCCGGCCCGAGCCAGCGCGGGGCGCCCCCUGGCGGCCAUGCCCGCCGCCGCCUGCUGGACGUGGCUGUGUGCGCCGACCGCGCCUUCGCAGUGUACGUCGUCACCAAGUUCCUGAUGGCGCUCGGGCUCUUCGUGCCCGCCAUCCUGCUGGUGAACUACGCCAAGGACUCGGGCGUGCCUGACGCCGAGGCCGCCUUCCUGCUGUCCAUCGUGGGCUUCGUGGACAUUGUGGCGAGGCCGGCCUGUGGUGCCCUGGCGGGCCUGGCACGCCUGCGACCGCAUGUCCCCUACCUCUUCAGCCUGGCGCUGCUAGCCAACGGGCUCACGGACUUGAGCAGCGCGCAUGCGCGCUCCUAUGGCACCCUCGUCGCCUUCUGCAUCGCCUUCGGCCUCUCCUACGGCAUGGUGGGCCUGCAGUUCGAGGUGCUCAUGGCGACUGUGGGCGCGCCCCGCUUCCCCAGUGCGCUGGGCUUGGUGCUGCUCGUGGAGGCCGUGGCUGUGCUCAUCGGACCGCCCACUGCCGGCCGCCUAGUGGACGCACUGAAAAACUACCAGAUCAUCUUCUACCUGGCUGGCUCAGAGGUGGCGGUGGCCGGAGUCUUCAUGGCGGUUGCUACCUACUGUUGCCUGCGCCGUUCUCAAGAUGCCCCGUCCAGCCCGGCCACUGAGGGUGGGUCCAGUGACACUGAAAACGCUGAGGCCGAGGCAGACUCUGGGCCACUACCUGCCAGCACCAAGGAGUCCAGUAGCCUUGAGGCCCUAGAGGUGCUAAGUCCCCGAGCUGGGUCCCUGGAACCAGAGGUGGAGGCAGAACCUGAGCCAGUGUAGCACACUGGAUGGAUGGCCUGUGGCCUUGGGAGCACGGCUU